AGCAAUUUUAAAUUUCUUUGCUCCUUCUAUUUGCUUGAAAAAUGAUGGACAAAAUCAAAUUCCAUCUUCUUUCGAUGUUGCUGAUCAUGCAUUGCUUCAUGGUUGGCUUUGCCAGGAGUAAGACUGUGACUAAUCUCACCAAUGAUCAGUCUGCGCUUCUUGAAAUCAAAGACCAAAUCAUUGAUCCUCACAAUUUUCUGGACAGCAAUUGGUCCACCAAUAGCUCAGUCUGCCAUUGGAUCGGUGUUUCUUGCAGUGCACGCCAUGGAAGAGUCACCGUCUUGGAUCUUUCAGACAUGGAUCUUACUGGAACUAUCGCUCCACAUUUAGGAAAUCUCUCUUUCCUGGUCUCACUUAACUUGAGUGGCAAUAAUUUGCAUGGCUAUCUACCCAAAGAGAUGGCCAAGUUGCAUCGCUUGAAACUCAUUGAUCUGAGUCAAAACUCUUUUAAUGGAGAGAUUCCUGUAUGGUUUGGAAAUUUAACUACACUUAAAGUUGUAUAUCUGGGUGGAAAUAGUUUCCAAGGUGAAAUCCCUUGGGAGAUUGGUAAUCUUCUUGCUUUGGAGACGUUAUCCGUACAAGAUGCAUGGCUCAUUACUGGUCCAAUUCCAGCUUCCAUCUUCAACAUUUCUUCUUUGAAAGAAAUUUAUCUCAUAAACAAUAGUUUAUCUGGUGGUAUUUCAAAUGAUAUGUGUCAACAUCUUCAAAAACUUGAAUUGCUUAACAUAUACCUCAAUGAAUUUUCUGGUCCUUUUUCCUCAAAUAUAGGUGAAUGUAGCAAUCUUCAAGAAUUAAUAUUAUCCUCUAAUCAAUUCAGUGGGUUCAUUCCUACAAGUAUUGGAAACUUGACCAAGCUCAAAACAGUCUAUUUGGGUGAAAAAGACUUAGAAGGUGUGAUCCCUUGGGAAGUGGGUAAUCUUCUCUCUUUGGAAACAUUUGUUGUGGAGAACAUGAGCCUCAAUGGUCAAAUUCCAGCUUCUAUUUUCAACAUUUCUUCUUUGAAGACAGUUUUUUUGUACAACAACAGUUUGUCUGGUAGUCUUCCUGAUAACAUGUGUUCCCAUCUUCACAAACUUGAAGUCCUUGAUUUAACUUACAAUGGUAUUUUUGGUCAUAUUCCCUCAAAUAUUGGUGAAUGCAGCAGUCUUCGAAGUGUAUCAAUAUAUGGUAAUCGAUUUACUGAGCUUAUUCCAACAAAUAUGGGAAAUUUAACUAGGCUCAAGCAUAUGUAUCUAAGUCACAAUGAUUUAGAAGGUGAAAUUCCAUGGGAGAUUGGGAAUCUUAUUACAUUGGAGAUAUUUUCUGCAUCAGAUUUGCUGCUAAGAGGGCUAAUUCCAUCUUCCAUCUUCAACAUUUCUUCAUUGAAAUAAUUUCUCUGGUAAACAAUAGUCUGUCAGGCAAAUUACCAUCCACGAGCUUGGCUUCAAAUCUUGCGGGGCUUUAUCUAUGGAAUAAUAAUCUCAGUGGAAAUAUUCCUGA